GACAUCGUAGCGAACGGACGUGUUCAUAAGCUAUAAGCGGAUGUAAAACUUCUCUAUCUACAACGGGGAGUGAUUAGAAUAAUAAACUUAAAUAAAUAAAUAGUUAAUUUCAAAUAAAGAUAUAAUGGCUUCGUCUUUUACACUUGCCAACUUAAGUGACAUUGUGGGAAAAUCUAAAUCACAAAUUGAUAAAUUCACAAAGCCAGAUUUGGUUCAAUUUUUGAUAAAAGUUCAGGAUGAAGUGAAAGAAAAGGUUGGGCUGAAAGAAAUAAAAGACAGCGUAGAUGAAAUCAAAAAUAAUGUUCUUAAACGAAUUCUCGACGACAACAAAAAUAUGAAAAAAAGAAUUAGAUUACUUGAAAAGGAAAACGACGAAAUUUACGAAUCUCAAAUUAACCUUGAAAUGAAGAUUAACGCCCAGGACCAAUACUCCAGAAGAAAUAAUCUGGAAAUCAUUGGCAUAUCAGAUGAUAUCGCUGAUCGAAAUCUCGAAGCAAAGGUAAUAAGCAUUCUUCAGGAAAUCGGUGUUACCUGUGAUUGUAACGAAAUUGAGGCUUGUCAUCGCCUACCAAAGUCAAAGAGGGAAAGAGACUCGAAAUUUCCAAAGCGCACUAUAGUUAGGUUCGUCAACAGGAAAAAGGCUGAAAAAGCGCUCGAAAACCGUAAAAAGUUGAAAGACAGUGUAAAUCAUCGUAAAGUUGUUAUUUCAGAUAAUCUUUGCCCAGCUUAUAAAGCCCUGUUGGGAAUGAGCAGUCAAUUAUAUCACGAAGGUAGAAUUGCAUCAUCUUGGUCUUGGAAGGGUAAUGUUUUUAUUAAACCAAAUAUAACAGAUGAACCUUUUAAAAUUUUUCACGUAAGCGACUUAGAUUAUUAUUAUGACGAUGUUUCCUUGGAAUAAGGUAAAUUUUUAAACGU